AUGGCCACCCGGCCCGAAGGCAGGUACCUGGACCUGAGGAAAGGGGUGGGGGCCACGGACCACCAUCACCCCACCCCCCAGGGAUGCCUGCUGCCGCCUGCCCUGGGCCCUGAGCCCCAGGCCCCUGACACAGACACGCCCUGGAGGACAGACCCUCACGGGCUGGACACACCCCCAGAGGGGGCAUCGCUCUGGGAGGCCCUGGCGGAUGGGAGGGGCAGCCCGGGACCCCACGCCGUAGUCGUCUCCCAGUUGAGGCGAGCGGAGGCCACACUGGGGCAGGAAGCUGCCGGAGGCCAGGCCUGCUGGGAACCCGGCUUCACGGGCCCGGCCCCAUCUCUGCCCCAGGAGAACCGCAUCCUCCGGGCUGGGGGGCAGCAGGGUCCACCGGUGUUUGCUGCAGCCGGGGUCUGGGCUGGGGUUGGGACAGGGCAAAGCUCCCCAGGGCUGCGGGAAGGCACGAGCCUCGGGCCGGGCUCCGCCCACCCCCAGGAAGGGCCCCCAACUCGCGGUCUAGGCGGGUCCGCGCAGCCCCUCGAGAGCACCGGCCGGCUUGCACACGUGUACGUCGCAGGGCGGGGCCAGACGCCCAAGCCUCAGAGCCCCGCCCCCCGGUCCCGAGGACCCCAGUCUGAGCAGGGCUUCCACCGUUGGUCCAUCCCUGCUGGGGACCGAGACGGCACCCCGGGAGUGGACGCGGGCCUGGUGUCGGGGGAAAGAGAACCCUCCAGACCCACCCUGGCUGCCGGACUGAGCCUGGGCCUCAGCGAUACGGGCGCAGGGCAGGCCUCUCUGGUGGUCGUGCAGGGUGGGGGUGCGGGCUCUCUGUCCAUACUGCUCAGCCCUGCCAGCGCCCUCCCCGGGGCCCCUCCCCAGGGCCCCUCCACUCCUCUGCGGGCCCAGCCCGGCUCCGGGCGGCCACGGGAACAAAGGGUGGAUUGUGCCUCGUUCUGGGCCUGCUCCCCGCCCGGCCGCUGCCCCCGCGGGGCCCUGGGGGUGAUGUUUGUGUUUGUAGCCAAGCGAGAGUCCUCCGGCCAAGCUGCGAGGGCUCAGCGCACGAACGGCCUCAGGUACCAGCCGCAGGCCCAGGAGCCCAGGAGCCGGCAGCCUGUCCUGGACCCAGCUGGCCUGCCACCCUCCCCGCCCUGGCCGCCCGAAGCCCCGAGGCGGCAGCCAGGCAGCUCCGUGCCUGCCCUGCGCCUCGUCCUGUGCAGACACUUGCCAUCACCAGCCCACGGCAUGCGGCUGUCCAGCCCCAGGCCAGCCCGGCACCCCCUUGCCCUGUGA